AUGGCAGGGCAGGCAGGCAGGGAUGGCGCUGACGUCAGCGGCACGGAGCGGCCCGGCGUGAGCGUGCAGCCGCCGUCGACCGCGUCGUCCUCUUCGCACGCGCUGUCGUCGCCCGGGGCCACCGCCGCGGCACGCCCUUCUAAGCCGAAUCCGUUCGGGGCGGCGCGGCCGCGCGAGCAGGUGAUAGCGGAGCGCAAGGGCGUCACGGAGGCGGACCUGCUGCGCGAGCUCGCGUCCAAAGAGUGGCGCCCCACGGUGGUGCUGUCGGAGGCGCAGAAGGAGGAGCAGAAGGCGGCGGAGGCGGAGCUGGCGUUCGCGCGGGACGAGCUGGCGCGCGCGCCGGCGGGCGAUGAGGCGCGGCGCGCGGAGCUGGAGGGCGAGGUGAAGGCGCGCGAGGCCACGCUGCACGACCUGCUCGCGUCGUUCGAGUACUCACCUCGCCGCAUCACCACGCCGCCAUGCCCCGUGCCGCUGCGCUCCUCAUUGCGCUUCCCCCCCUCUCUCCUCUCCCGCCCAUCCUCCCCGCCCCUCUGUCCGCUUUUCCUUUGCCUCCUCGCUCUCUGCGGAACCCCCCUCCCCCUCUCGCCGCGCAGAAAAUGGCGCUGGAGAAGCAAUCAGCCGGAGGGGGAGGGGGGGUCAGGCGCGGAGUGGAGCGGGGCGGGGCGGGGGGAGCAGGGGGAGGGGGGCAUGCGCACGCUGCCCCGGAGUCAUACGGGGGGGGCUUUGGGGGGAGGCGGGGGAGGGAGGGGCAGGGGGGGGAGCAUGGGGGCGCGGGGAGCUAUGGGGAUGCGUGGGGCGGGGGAGGAGGGCGGAGAGGAGGCGGCGGAGGCGGAGGCGCGUGCUACAACUGUGGCGAGCCCUCUGAUGCCGUACCCUUACCCCUUGCCAUGCACCACCAUUGCGUUCGCCUCUUCACCCCAUCACCCAAUCCCUGCUGCCACCUCGCUGCUCCAUUCCUUGUCGUUCCCCCACACUCGUCCUCGCCCCAACCCAUGGCCCCCACCCACGCUACUCGCCCCGCCCCGGCCGUAUGCCCCACCCGUGCCAUGCCAUCACCACUCUGCACCACACGCCCCUAGUGCCCUCACUCCUUGCGCUCCCAACCAUUGUGUCCUAAACCCAGCCCCCCUUAAACACUCAACUGUCACGCCCCCUCCUCCUCCCCCCCCCCCCCCCCUCUUCCCUCCCUCUCCCUCCUACCCCCACCACCCCUCCCCCUUCCUCCCCCCCCCUUCCCUCCCUCUCCCUCCUACCCCCACCACCCCUCCCCCUUCCUCCCCCCCCCCCCCUCUGCCCAGGUGGGUCACUUCUCCCGCGAGUGCCCCAACGCCCCUGGGGGCCCAGGUUCGCGCUCAGGGGGGUAUGGCAGCAGGGGGGGCGGAGGGGGGCGGGGGGGCGGGGGAGGCGGGUGCUACAACUGCGGGGAGGAGGGGCACUUCGCUCGCGAGUGCCCCCAGGGCCGAUCCUCCAGCUUCGGCGGCGGCGGCGGGUACAGCGGAGGCGGGGGUGGGUACGGCAGGAGCAGCAGCGGGGGUGGGUAUGGUGGGGGUGGUGGGGGGUAUGGUGGCGAUGGCGGUGGGUAUGGGGGGGGAGGGGGGAGCUAUGGGGGAGGCUAUGGGGGAGGCUAUGGGGGGGAUGGGGGGGGAGGAGGAUCGCGAGGGUAUGAUGACAAGGCAGGCGGGGGGAGACGGGGCUAUGGCAGUGGCUGGGGGGACCAUUGAGGUUGAGAGGCGAUUUGGUGUCUCGUCUUGCUAA